AUUUAUAGCAAUAAAUCAAUUCUUAAAUAUUUAUAAUAUGAAAUGGGAGCUUUAUUAACGGACCUGACAGCGUCGUUUUCUUUCAUUAUCCUUUUAGCAGCCAGUGCGAUUAGUUCAGAGCAAAUAUGUAUAGACAAAAAUACAACUGUAGAUACCUGUCAGCAACAAGGAGUCAACAUCAGCUGUCCAUCUGGCAGUGUUAUAUAUCGACCUGAUAUAAAGGCAGCGAGUGAACCCUGUAAUAACAAAAACCCAUCUUGCAAAGAAAAGACGGUAGAACUCCUAGUUGAUACUUCCGAAUGUUACUGGAAGCAACGUUGUAAGAUUAGAUUCCCGACAACGCCAUUAUUAAAAUGUUUUACCGAAGUGGAAUCUCUGUACAUCCACAAUUGGCAGUGUGUUGAUAUGACGAAAAGUCCACACACAUAUGUAGGGCAAAUCUGUGACAGUAAAAUAGACCUAGGUUCAAAUAUUAAACAAGGAAUUAUACGAAGUCACGACAGCAUUCCAUGGCUUUAUGGCAAAGAUACAUUCACUGACUAUCUAGAUACAACGUUAACUGCUCGGUGUACUAAAACCAUCCACUUAAGACCAGUGGCAGAUGAACGAUUUCUAGUAUCUGUUGACUUGAUGAACAUAGAUGAGGACAAUGACCAUUUUAGUAUUAAUGGAGUACAAGUGUCAAACAACAGUUACCAAAGGGAAUUUUCUGCUGCCGAUACGAAGAUCGUGUUUAGUUUUACAUCAGAUCCUGCCACAACAAAAGGAGGAUCUGGCUUUCUUAUAUGCUUCAAACGAUUGAAUGUUGGAGAGAGAGGAGCAAAAAAUAUGUCGGCAUGUGAUGGGCUUAUAUCAACAGCUAACCAUGCUAACCAACCAGUUGAUAUGAUUCAAACGACGCAUGACUUUUGUCUGAAGAAAAAAAGAAUAAACAAACUUGUCGAAGAACGCGAAAAAGACGAAGCCUGUAAACAAAUGAUGUCUCUGUAUCAUAUUUCUACACAAAUGCCUGUUUCAUAUACACAACUAUCAACUGAAACCCCAGUCAUCUCGGAUAAAUUCUGUACAAAGUGCUUAAAGAGAAAAAGGCUUGGAAAGAAAUGCAAACGAAAAUGCUGUAAAGGGAAAGAUGUACCAAAUAAAUGUACCAAAGCUAAAGAGAAAAAGUGCAACCUACGUGGAAAACGUUUAAACAAGCUAUGCAAGAAAUGUGAAAAUGCAACAAGAUGUAAAAAGAAGUUUAUAAAAAGAUGCAACAGUUGUUGUGCCAGACAUAAAAAUAUUUUGUCUAAAUGCAAGAAAUCUAGAAAAAAGACAAAUAAAAGAAGAAAGAACAGAAAAGGGAGUAGGGGAAAGGGACGAAAGCAUUUAAGUAAAAAUGAUAAGAAGAAAAAGAAUCAAUGAAACUAAAGAACCUGUGUGACGGUUCAAUAACUAUCAAACAGUCUUUCAUAAUAGAUAAGUCACAUUAGCUAUUGAUCAGGGUCGUUAAAACAAGAUUGGCAAAGAUAAAAUAAUUUGUAAAUUUUGUUCGUUAAAUUCGAUUGAAGAUAAAAAUUAAUUUUCUUACGGAAUGCCCAACAUUCGAACAACAACGAUAAGUUAUGUUAGAUUCUGCUUUAAAAUAUGUAUUAAUUUUUAAAAUCGUAAAUACAGAAAAUAAUUUAUUUGGCUUCUUUCAUGUGAACAUGGAGAAAUAUGCAACACUGUGGCUUUGAUUUGUUAUGAAUGUUUUACAAUAAGAAAACAACUGUUAUAGUUAUAACUUAACUUCAAAUUGUCAUUAUCAUUAUUGAUUCUUUACUUAUGUCUAUUUAUUAUGUAACAUGCCCUUUAUGGACCGAUGAUUGAUUUAAUAAAGCAGUUCAAUAACAAAGAACAUUCAAUUUAA